UGGCCUGGCCCCCCUGUCAGGUGAGCAGGCACGUGAGCACUGCCCUCUGUACCUCCCACCCCCAGACACGCAUAAUGCCAUCAGCAGGCUCCCCAUCAGCCUGAGCAACUCGCUCCUGAGGACUGCAGUGUGCAGGGAGGCAGUGUAGCCGGGCUGGGGGCGCAGCCGUCACAGAGAGUGAGGCUAGUGAGUCCAGCAGGGGACAAGAGACCUGAGGGACAAGAGACAGAGUCAGGGAGAAGCAAGAACAGCAGACCUCACGCCAAGGAGACGAGACAUGGAGCCAGGGCUGUGUUGCAGGGCUUACCUCCUGGCUGGCAGGCUUUGGACCGCCAUCAGCAAGGCGCUGUUUGCUGAGUUCCUGGCCACGGGGCUAUACGUGUUCUUUGGUGUGGGCUCGGUCCUGCCCUGGCCUGUGGCCCUUCCCUCUGUGCUGCAGAUCGCCAUCACCUUCAACCUGGCCACGGCCACAGCUGUGCAGGUCUCCUGGAAGACCAGCGGGGCCCAUGCCAACCCCGCUGUGACAUUGGCUUACCUCGUGGGAUCUCAUAUCUCUCUGCCUCGGGCUAUGGCCUACAUAGCCGCCCAGCUGGCGGGGGCCACCGUUGGGGCCGCUCUUCUUUACGGGGUAACACCAGGAGGUGUCCGAGAGACCCUUGGAGUCAACGUGGUCCACAACAGCACGUCAACCGGCCAGGCGGUGGCCGUGGAGUUGAUUCUGACGCUGCAGCUGGUGCUCUGUGUCUUCGCUUCCACGGACAGUCGGCAGACCUUGGGCUCCCCAGCUGCCAUGAUUGGGACCUCUGUGGCACUGGGCCACCUCAUUGGGAUCUACUUCACUGGCUGUUCCAUGAACCCAGCUCGCUCCUUCGGUCCUGCCGUCAUUGUUGGGAAGUUCGCGGUCCACUGGAUCUUCUGGGUGGGACCCCUCACAGGGGCUGUCCUGGCUUCGCUGAUCUACAACUUCAUCCUGUUCCCUGACACGAAGACGGUAGCCCAGAGACUGGCCAUCCUCGUGGGCACCACCAAGGUGGAGAAAGUGGUGGAUGUGGAACCCCAGAAGAAAGAAUCCCAAACGAACUCAGAGGACACAGAAGUGAGCGUGUGACGCUGCACAGCCCCUGGUCCCUCGGGCUUCUAGGGCGGCUUGCCUUGUAUGACCUGGCUUGAGGUGUCCCUGGUGUUGGGGGGAACCGGGAGGCUUGGCCACUUGUUAUAACAGUAGGUACCAAUCUCUGUCCCUGACAAAACUGUUGUUUCUUUUCCUCUCCUGGUUUUCUCUCCUGAGAUCCACCGCCCGGGCCGACCUCGUGUUCACAGUCUUCCUGCUUUGGCCUAUGAUAUAGCUGGGACUUAGGCACAGCACCAUGACUGACUUCUACAUUAAUAGACAGAAAGAAUCUGGAAGUAAAUACAUCCAGUUAGUUCUCCAAGGUCUUCCUUGCUUUUGCUUUUGCUUUCUUUCGGUGUUUAAAAUUUUCCAUGCCAAGUAAUGUGUUUCAUUGUGUCCUUUUCAUUCAUACUUUGCUUUUGUUGACCUCUUCCUGGAUCCCCCCCUCUUGGACACUUCCUGCUGGUCCCC